GUAUGGCUUCACAGAAGGACCCAGACAAGAGCUGGGAGGAGAAGCACCACCCAGAAAUCAAGUUGGAGCAGCCCAAGUUCAGCACCAAGGGAGAGGAAGAGGAGGAGAGGAUGGAGGAGAAUGAUGACUAUGAGAAGGACGAGUAUGAGGAGGGUGAAGGUGACCAGGAUGAGGACAAGGAUGAAGCCAGAGCAGGUCCCUCAGUGCCACCAAUUUGGCUGAAUCAGUGCCCUGAGUAUGGGCAGAGCUUCCCACCUGGCUCAGAGCUGGUGAAGCACCACUGCCCCCACCCUGGACCCCGGCCCUUCAUCUGUGGUGACUGUGGCAAGAGAUUCAGAUGGAACUCUGAGCUCAUCCGGCAUCGCCUCACCCACACUGGCGAGAGGCCUUUCAUUUGUGGUGAGUGUGGCGAGAGCUUCAGCAGGAACUCCACCCUCAACCGGCACCGCCGCAGCCACAAGAGGGAGAGGUCAUACAGGUGUGCUCACUGUGGUAAGAGUUUCACUCACAGCUCUGCCCUCGCUCAGCACCGCAGUGUGCACAUCACUGAGAAGUCCUUCACCUGCAGGGACUGCGGCAAGAGCUUCAAAACCAGCAUCAAUCUCACCAUCCACCGCCGCAUCCACACCGGAGAGAAGCUGUUCCCCUGUGCUGAGUGCGGCAAGAGCUUCACCACAACCACUGCAGCCAUGCGGCACCAACUCACCCACAGCGGUGACAAACCGUAUAGCUGUGCCGACUGCGGCAAGAGCUUCAACCGGAUCUCCAAUCUCACCAGGCACAGUCUUAUGCACGGCGGAGAGAAGAUCUUUAGCUGUGCUGACUGUGGCAAGAGUUUCACCUGCAGCUCCUAUCUCACCCAGCACCGUCGUGUGCACACUGGUGAGAAACCGUUCACCUGUGCUGCCUGCGGCAAGAGCUUCACCCAGAAGGGAAACCUCAACAAGCAUCGAUGCACUCGCAGCAGUGACCAGGCCACACUGGACGGCAAGCAUAAGUAG